AUGGCGGCGCCCUCGGCCCCGCCGGCCGCCGCCGCCCUCACGGUGCUGCUGUCGCUCGCUGCCUCCGCGCCCGGGCUGCUGCGGGGUGUCCCCGCCGCCCGCUCCGCCGCCGCGCUGCGCCCCGCGGCCCUGCACGACGGGGAAGUUCACAGGUUGAUCACCUACAUCUUCAUCUACGAGGACCUGACCUCCCUGGCCUGUGGUGCUGUCAUCAUCUGGUACUUUGCUGGCAGCUUUGAGAAGAACGUGGGCACGGUGAAGCACUGCGUCCUCACUGCCGCCUUCUCCGUGCUCUCCGCCCUGCUGUACCUCUUUCUCGAGCCCCUUGUCUCCAGGCUGCUGGAAGUGGGAGAUGCCAGAGGGUUCAUGCCUGUGGCUUUUGCCAUGCUGGGGGUUUCUACCACCCGCUCACGCAUGAAGAGGACUCUGCUUUUCGGCUGCGGAGUUCCCGUGGUGCUGGUGCCGUGGCUUGGGCUCUGCAUGGCGUGGUUUGUGCCCCAGUCCUCCCUCUUGGGGAACCUGUGUGGGCUCCUGGUGGGGGAAGCCUAUGGUCUUGGCUACUGUUUCUGCUUGGAUUUUCCAGAGUCGGUGGGCUCUAAGCUGGACAGGGUGUUCCCUUUCACUCUGCUGAAGAGGAUACCGGGGCUGAAAUACAUCCCAGGGUCCUUGGCAGAGAGAAGAGCCUCUGCAAACAGCACGAUUAACCCUGUGCCUGGCACUUACCCCACCCAGAACUACCACUGCCCUUCGCCUCUGGCUCUUCCUGCUCACGCCAGUGCUCAGAGCCAAGGCUUUCAUCACAGCCACGCUCUGGGACACCAGGGACCUCAGCAGAGCCAUGCAGCAGGACACAGCCUCAGUUCUUCCCACUGCCAGGCCAGAGGUGCCUUUGGAGAGUGUCCAGGGCAGGCCCACGCCGCGGCUUUGCCGGGACAGUGCUGCCAGCCAGGCACAUUCUCUGUCCCACAGCACGUGUGCCCGGCCCAGCCACAGCCACCUGCAGCCACGGGCCUUGUGGCUGGUGUUCAGCAAGCACCAGGGUAUCCAGCAGCCCCAGUGGCCCCUGUUUCAGCUGAAUUUACCAGAGUCCAGGUGUACUGAUCCUCCAGAGAGCAGCAGGACUCGGGGACAGGACCACUGUGUGAGGCCUGCACCACAGUGCGUUGCUGGCAUCUUUGCUGUGGCUGGGGUGAGUGUUGGAAUGGGUUGGUAGCUCCAGUGAAGGCCAUUCUUCCCCUGCUCCCUGGCAUGGUCUACUUGAAUUAUAUUUCCUUUAUAUAGUUUUUUUUAACUUUUUGAUACGGCUGGAGGAUGGGAACUGUAUCACCUCUGUGAACUUCUCAUCCUUUUUAAGUCUUUCUCCUGCCUUUUUCCACGAGUCCACUGGAGUUCCAGUGCACCAGCCCCCAGGCCAAGGCAGGUAGGAACCUCACUGCCAAAACAAAGCAAAUCUGGGGUUUAACAAAGCUGCAGCAAUAAGCACUUCCCAUUUACAUUCCUGUCUUUUUUUACAGGUGAGAUGUAGCUAGAACCCAAAAGGAGUGGGAAUCAUAGGAGCCUUAGUUUGUAACUCAAAAUUAAAUGGUGGAGAACAGAUGUCUGUUCUACCCGUGACUUGUCCACUAAGAGUGCCUCGAAGGGGGCUUGUUACACCAGCCUGUGGCAAGAGAAUAGAAUACAGAAUACAGAAUACCUUCUCCUGCCCAGAACACAGCUCUAAAAUGCUGAGGGUGCUGUGCCUUCAUUUUCUGAGAGCAUUGCACCAGCUCAGCCUGUGUCAGCAGCACUUGAUAAGGCAACCUCAAAUGCCUGUGAAGUAAUGAGAGACUUUUCAGUGAGGGAUUUUGCCCCUUUGUGGAGCAAAUAUUUAUAAAUCCAAGGAGCUGGGAGGGACCUUAACAAUGGGUUAGAAGAAUUAGGUGGAAUGUAGCAGUGCUGUUGGGGCUGUUCAUACUGCUCAGCUUUAGAAAUCUCACCCACCAAUAUUAGCACAAUCUCUCUCUGUUUUUUUCAGAGCUGGUGGGCAGGUGUGUGGGAGAGGGGAGUUUUCAGGCAGGGAUUUGCAAUAGGAUGCACUGUUUGGUGCCUGAGGCUGCAAUGAAGGAGUUUGGUCCAGUUGCUGGGAUUUGAGCAUUAUUCCCAGCUGUGUAGCCCACUGCACAGUGCCCAGGAGGAACCUGCUGUCUCUGUGUCUGUAAAUCAGCCAGGAUCUCAACAAUUGCCCUUGACUCUACUUGGAGUUUUGCCGUGCUCCAUAAAAAAGCGCUCCAUGAAGCACAAAGUGCCAUUCUUGCUCUUGAAGAUGUUCUUGCAGUGCCUCACCCAUCCCCAGAAACUCAACAGCCUCGGGCUUCUCCCUGCUCUCUGGCAGCUGCACGUUCCAAAGCACCUCCCUGCCUCUUUCAUUUUUCCAUCAUCAGGGUCUGAAGAAGCCCUGUCUUGUCAUCCAGCUGCUUUAUUUCUCCAGCAUUCCCUCUGGAAUGACUGCCACAGUCCCAUGAGGGAUGCAGGAGCUUCCUUUUGAGGAGACCAAAGUCAGUGCUGAGAACUUGCACCUCAGAUAAGUAAGGCAGGAGUAAGAAGCUCUUCCUGCGAAGGUGAGCACCCCAGGCAGGGCUUUCAGCAGGAGGAUGCAGCAACAUAAGAACUGACUCGGAGCUGGGGGACAACUCUGUCUCAUACCUGAUUAUUUCACUCCUCUGUGGGAUCACAAAUGGGCUUGAUCUCGUGUUUUCCCUGCUGACAGCAAUUGCAUUGUUAUAUUUUUAGUGUGAAGCAAGAGCAGGAUAAGGAGCUUGUUUGGAAUUUAAGAGCAUGUUUGUAAUACCAGGAAAGAAAUGCUAGAGAUAACAUUGAAAUGUUGAUACUCCACUCCCCUUAGUGCCUUGAUUUUCCUCCUUGUGAAAUCCCUGCCUGUAAACUUUAGGAAUUUUAUCACCAUUUUUUUUUCCGGAAGGAUGAUGUGGAUUGAUAGCAAUCACAAAGGCUGUGUAUCUCCAAACUGAGAACUUGAAAUAGAAUCUGAAAGACA